AUACGAUGUGAUGUAUGAUGUGAUGUAAGGUGAAAGCCAGCCCGGUUAUCAAGCCAUGCAUGUCACUUCCUAUUGUCAGACUCCCUACUGUUAUAGGCAGUUCAUUAUUUCCGCUCUCUUAUUCACUGUAUGUAACAUGUAUUAACCGGAGAGCAUGGAUUACAUCUGGAUAAAGUUGAUUGCGGUGUGUGUCUGUAGUUUAGUGGUAUCGGUCGAUCUCUCAGCAGCUGCAGUAUGCAAAGGUUGUUGGGUUCUUGGACAAUUCAAAGAAGGAAACACUGAAUUUGACUACAAAAAUGGAAAUUGCCUUGAAAUGACAGGAUGUUAUUGCUCAUGCGACGGGAAAUUUUUCUGUAGAAAGGAACGCAAUAUUUGUGACAGAACUGUGGAAAGCGGCAGAGACUCUUAUAGCAGCAGUCGAAGAACCUCGUAUCAAAGUUCAAGUUCUUCAAGUUCGGGAUUUGAAUCAGGUCAAGGUAGCGGUGCUGUCAUUGAAAACGUCAGGAACAGUGCAUGUGACAGAAAAUGUAUUGUAGACGGAGCUGAAAUUGACGGAGGUACGUAUUUCAGCCACAAAAACCAAUGCAUAUCAUAUUCCUCUUGCUACUGUGGUUGUGAUGGCAAAUGGCAGUGUCCUGCUUCAAAUGCAAAAAACACUUGUACCGGAGCCGGAGGUGGACAGUUAGUAGAAAGUGAUGAACAGGGGUGCAGAAGUUGCGUUAUUGAUGGAGCCAGGUAUACAGGAAACUCAGAUUUUACUUAUCGGAAUAACUGUAUUGAGUGGACUGACUGUAGAUGUCGCUGUGAUGGCUCUUGGCGAUGUGCAUCUAAUAGUGGCAAAUGGAUCUGCGAUAAUGUAUGCAAUGAAUGUGAAGUUGAUGGUAGAAAAAUAGCGGGUAAAUCUCAGUUUCGUCACCAAACUGAAUGUAUCAUAUAUGAUCCGUGUGUAUGUAAUUGCGAUGGGUCAUGGGAUUGCCCUGCCAAGAAUGGAAAAUGGAUCUGCACCGAUCAAUGCUUAAACUGUGAAAUAAACGGUCGGGAAUACAAAGGAAGGUCAGAAUUUAGGUUACGGGAGGAUUGUUGGGAAUGGAAUCCAUGCACAUGUAAUUGUGAUGGAUCAUGGAAUUGUCCACGUGAUAAUGCCAAAUGGGUGUGCACAGAUAAAUGUCUUGAUUGUGAUGUAAAAGGACAGAAAUAUCCCGGAAAUACACAAUUUCAAUAUGUUGAUGGAUGCUACGAAUAUAAUUGCAAUUGUCAGUGUGAUGGAGGAUGGUCCUGUCCCGCUAACCGGACUAGAGAUAUGUGUAGACUUAACAUGCAAACUGGAUGUUAUUUCUGUACUGUCAACGGUAAUAGGUUCGAAGGAAGUACAUCCUUUACAUAUGAAGAGAACUGUAUGAGAUAUGAGCAUUGCGCUUGUAAUUGCGACGGAUCUUGGGAAUGUCCAGGAGAAAAGGCUACCAAUACCUGUCGUCGAAAUGACACUACCGGCUGUGACUUUUGUGACGUUUAUGGCCAACGAGAGCAAGGAAACAGUCGAUUUGAAAUACAACAAGAUUGUUGGAGAUUUGACUGUGAAUGUGACUGUAAUGGAAACUGGAGAUGUUCUGAAACUGGAGCACGGUACAUUUGCGGAAGUCAACUAUUAGAAACUAGUGGAUGUAAAGCUUGUUUAGCUGGAGGAACUCGGUAUGCCAGCCAAAGUUCAUUUAAAAUAACAUGGGGAUGUGUCACCUAUGACUGUUCAUGUAAUUGCGAUGGUUCGUGGAUUUGCCCGUCACGUUUGGCUAUAAACUCAUGUUCAAAUAGUCACUUCCAGAAAUUUUUGAUUAGCAGUGUUACGAAUUUGCCGAAUUCCUGGUGCAGUGAAUGCACAAUUGGUGGUAGUGUCUACCCCGGAUUCUCUCAAUUUGAGUACCAAGAAAAAUGUACGAGACAAUAUGCUCGAUGUUACUGUAAUGGUGGAUACCGAUUUGAUUCUUCUAUUAUAACUGGCUGUAGUGGGAACGCAGAACUAUCAGUAUCUAAAGGUAAUUGCAUCGACUGUAAGUUCAACAAUGCGGUAUUUGCAGCUAAUUCAGAAUUUGAAAUAUCAUCCCAGUGUAAGCGUUAUAGAUGUAAAUGUGAAUGUAAUGGACGUCCACAAUGUCAGUCCGUUGUAGAGAAUGUAUGUGGCUCUGUAAUAACAGUUGUAGAGUCUGAUUAUCUUACUGGAGGUGGAUCAGUUACCAGAACACAAGGCGGAACGGUUGUUGUUGAAGGUGGAAGACAAACCGUUGUCACAGGUGCUGGAGGUGGAGGAAGCCGAACAGUUGUUGUCAGUGGUGGUGGGGGAUCUGAGCGAACAGGAUCUGCUUCAGUGGUUCUAGGAGGCGGUAGAGAAACAACAAGGACUGUUGUCGUUAGCGGUGGAGGUGGUAAUGCUGGUUUAACGGGAGGCGGCAGUAGUUCAUCGGGAUCAAGAACAGUUAUCGUUGGAGGUGGUGGUGGUGGUGGUGGUGGUGGAACUCGAGAGGUAACGAGUGAAACACGCGUAGUUGUAACAGGAGGUGGUGGUGGUAGUAGCUCUAGUUCACGGACUGUUGUAUCAGGUGGCGGAAGUACCAGUGUUAUUGGUCCCGAUGGGUCUAUAUGUUACCACUGUGUUGGUUUAGAUGGAAAGAAAUAUCCAGGAAAUUCUGAUUUUACGUUUAGAAGAGGUUGUGCUGUUUGGAAGUGUCAAUGCAAUUGUUUUGGUAGAGCAAUCUGUCGACCACAUGAUCUAAGUGCCUGUCUCGUAGAGCCACAAUGCCGUGACUGUGUUGUCGAAGGAAGAACAUACCGAAGUAAUAGAAUGUUCAGUUAUGAAAAAGACUGUAUCUCUCAUCAGUGCCGAUGUAUGUGCGACGGUAGUCCAAGGUGUGUCCAAACUGUUGCUUUUAAUUGUGAACGAGAUAAACCAAGAUGUACUCAAUGUGUUAUAGGAGGUCAGCAGUACCAACCAAACUCUCUAUUUGAUUUGGUUACUCGAUGCAGAAAACAACGUUGCCAAUGUGACUGUGACGGAACAUAUCGCUGUUCAGAAGCUCAGAAUACUUGUUCUAAUGAGGAUCGUAGUCAGCUAGACACGUGUGCACCAUGUGAAGUAGAUGGACAAUCACACCAAGCAGGUACUACAUUUACAAUUGAUCGUGGCUGUUACCGAAUGACUUGUUCUUGUUCCUGUAGAGACCGAUUAAAAUGCGAUCAAAGUAAAACCGUUGAUAUUUGUGAAAAUGAUCGAGGCGAACGUUGCAAAGCUUGCGUACUUGACGGUGAACGAUAUGCCCCAAAUUCUAAAUUCGAACGGGAAAGUGGAUGCUUAAGACAACGAUGUCAUUGCCAUUGCAACGGCAAGUUUGAUUGUUUAAGUACUGGAGUAAACAUAUGUAAAACAGACAAUACUAGAACGACAUCAACGCAAACAGACACCAGUAGAACGACGUCGACGCAAACAGACACUUCUAGAACUAGGCCAACUCAAACAGACACUUCUAGAACUAGGCCAACUCAAACAGACACUGGUUCCAGUUCAGUUACUUCAACAGAAACAGAGAAAAAAGACUGCAAACCAUGUAUUGCCGAUAGAAUAGAAAGACAGAUCGGAGUAACGUUUUGUCUAGAUCGUGGCUGUAAAAGAUAUAAAUGUAAAUGUUAUUGUACCGGGCGUUAUGCUUGUCAGACCGAUAAACCAGAAAACAUUUGUGACUCUGCAGGUAAAGUGACUGCCACACCAUGCGCUGCAGCAGCAGCCAGUCAAGAGAUCACCAGUGGAGGUUCUCAAACAACAACCACAGACACCCGACAGACGGCCGGAGGUGGAUCCAGAACAACAACCACAGACACCCGACAGACAGCAGGAGGUGGAUCAAGAACGACAACUACUACUACUCGUGUCACUGAAACCAGUAGCACCGAAACAAAAGAUUUAUCGCAAACUACAGUUUUUGAUUAUGAAGAAAGAAAUGGAGGAGUGGCUGUUUCAGACGCAGAUAGGAGAGGACGCUGCAUGCAAUGUAACAUCGCUGAACAAUUUUACGAAGGAAACUCUGAAUUUCAUUUGGAACUAGGCUGUAAACGUUUCAGAUGUUUGUGUAACUGCGAUGCAUCGUGGGAAUGUCCAAGACAGAGGCCAGAAAAUAUCUGCAAAAAAGAAACCUGUCGUAAUUGCAGACUCCGUGACAAGGAAUAUCCACCAAAUUCAAGCUUUAGAAUAGACAUUGACAGAUGUCGUAAGUACGAGUGCACUUGUCCAUGUAGCGGUGUCUACAGCUGUCCACCAGAGAACAUCGUAAACACAUGUGAACAACAAUGUAAAGAAUGCGUUGUCAGGGGAAACCGAUACCAAGCGAAUGCACCUUUCACAUAUGAGGAAGGUAGCUUCCGGUAUAAUUGUGAUUGUAAAUGCGAUGGCUCUUGGAAUUGUCCUGCAUCUCGUACUGAAAGGAUCGGCAGUACUCCACAGCCUCAAACAGGACAGUGUACAGAAUGCGAGGUUAAAGGCCGUAAAUACCGCGGUAAUUCGAGGUUCAGUUAUGAAGAGGGUAAUUUCCGGUACAAUUGUGACUGUAACUGCGAUGGCUCAUGGAACUGUCCGGCAUCUCGCACAGAAAGAAUCAGCGGUUCUCAACAAACAGGACAGUGCACAGAAUGCGAUGUCAACGGCCGUAAAUACCGUGGAAAUUCGAGAUUCAGUUAUGAUGAAGGUAGUUUCCGGUAUAAUUGUGAUUGUAAAUGUGAUGGCUCUUGGGAUUGUCCUGCAUCUCGUACCGAAAGGAUCGGCAGUACUCCCCGACCCCAAACAAGACCCCAAUCUGGUCAGUGUACAGAAUGCGAGGUUAAAGGCCGUAAAUACCGCGGUAAUUCAAGGUUUAGUUAUGAUGAAGGUGAAUUCAGGUUUAAUUGUGACUGUAACUGCGAUGGCUCAUGGAACUGUCCUGCAUCUCGUACAGAAAUAUUAAACAGUACUCCCCGACCCCAAACAAGACCCCAAUCAGGCCAGUGUACAGAAUGCGAAGUUAACGGCCGUAAAUACCGCGGUAAUUCGAGGUUCAGUUAUGAUGAUGGUAAUUUCCGGUAUAAUUGUGACUGUAACUGCGAUGGCUCAUGGAACUGUCCUGCAUCCCGUACAGAAAUAAUAAACAGUACUCCCAAACCCGAAACAAGACCCCAAUCAGGUCAGUGUACAGAAUGCGAGGUCAAAGGCCGUAAAUAUCGCGGAAAUUCAAGGUUCAGUUAUGAUGAAGGUGAAUUCAGGUUUAAUUGUGACUGUAACUGCGAUGGCUCAUGGAACUGUCCUGCAUCUCGUACAGAAAGAAUAAACGCUAAUCCACAACCUGCACAGUGUACAGAGUGCGAAGUGAACGGCCGUAAAUACCGUGGUAAUUCAAGAUUCAGUUAUGAUGAAGGAAUUUACCGAUUUAAUUGUGACUGUAACUGCGAUGGCUCAUUUAACUGUCCUGCAUCUCGUACAGAAAGAAUAAACGCUAAUCCACAACCUGCACAGUGCACAGAAUGCGUGGUCAAAGGUCGUAGAUAUAGGGGGAAUGCUAGAUUUUCGUACGAUGAAGGUAAUUUCCGAUAUAAUUGUGAUUGUAAUUGUGAUGGUUCGUAUAACUGCCCUGCAUCUCGUACCGAAAGAAUCAAUAGUAAUUCACAAACAGGACAGUGUACAGAAUGCGAUGUAAAAGGCCGUAAAUACCGUGGUAAUUCGAGGUUCAGUUAUGAUGAAGGUAAUUUCCGGUACAAUUGUGACUGUAGCUGUGAUGGCUCAUGGAACUGUCCUGCAUCUCGCACAGAAAGACUCAGCGGUGCUGAACAAACUUCAGGCUUGAGAACUAGUUCUAUCGGGACAGGUUCUGAACGUGUUGCUGGAACAGGAUCAUCACGAAUUAUUGAAUCAGGUUCUUCACGACAAACUGGCUCAGGUUCUAGUCAAAUUACAGGUGCUGGUAGUAGAAUCACCUCGGAUACUGAACGUUCAAGCAGUGAAUCACGAAGAACAGGUUCAGGCUCUAUAGUCGAUUCAAAAUCUAUUACCGAAACACGUACAAGUACUGGAACAGAGAAGGUGUCUAGUACUUCAACACUGGGCGAGUCGCAAACAAUCACCGAACUCAGAUCACGCAGUGGAUAUACAUCAGGAUCAGCUGUUGACAGUCGUGGUUGCCGGGCUUGUAUCGUAAAUAAGGUGGAAUACAACAGUAAUUCCGCAUUUACAUUUGAAGACAACUGUUUCCGGUUUAGCUGUCGUUGUAAGUGUGAUGGUUCCUGGAGCUGUCCUGCAGAGCGUACUGUCAAUAUAUGUCCACAGUCGUGCAGAGAAUGUAGAGUAGAUGGAAAGGCGUAUCCAGCAAAUACCAUAUUCGAGUACGAAUCUAGUUGUUUCCGGUUCAAUUGUGACUGUGCCUGUGAUGGUUCCUACAAUUGUCCAGCGGAGAGAACUAAGGACAUAUGUAGUGGUAGACCUGAUAAAUGUAGAAAUUGUGCAGUAGAAGGAAGAGACUAUCCCCCAAAUAGGAAAUUCCAAUACGACAAAGGCUGCAAUCGCUUCGACUGUGACUGUAAUUGUGACGGAUCAUGGAGAUGUCCAGCUGAAAGAACAAUAAAUAUUUGCGGUGGUCUUGGUUCGCAAACGUGUAGAGAAUGUUCUGUCAAAGGGAAACGAUAUCCACCAAAUAAAACAUUUUCCUACAUUGAUGGCUGUAAUCUAAAUAAAUGUUCAUGUAGUUGCGACGGAGUCCAUAGUUGUCCAUCUGUUACAGACAUUUGUAAAUCCAAUGGUCAGAUUUGCCGCGACUGUCUUGUCAAGGGCAACAGAUACUUACCAAACAAACCAUUCACAUAUACUGAACGGUGUGAUCGAUUUAACUGUGACUGUAAUUGUGACGGGUCAUGGAACUGCCCAGCCGAACGCACCGAGAACUUGUGUACUUCCGGUCAGUGUCAGAAAUGUCGAGCCAGAGGAAAUGAAUAUGCUGGAAAUAGUGUGUUUGUUAUUGAAGAUAACUGUAGACAAUUCCAGUGCCGAUGUCAUUGUGAUGGCCACUGGGAUUGCUCCAAAGAAUCUGCCCGUGUAUGUUAAAACAUUGGUUAAUACGUUUGGCAAUAGCAUGUACUUAUUUUUAUAAAUGAUGAUAGAAUAUACCAAACUGUUUUGAAAUUGAGGAAUGUUGCUUAAGUAAACAAAUUUUGUAAAUAUACUUAUUCAUCACUUGCUUUCAUUGAGACUGACAAUCUAAAAAAAAAUAGCAUUAACUUUUUUUUAAGAAUUGUGCAUUUCGUUCACUUAUCGAGCAUACCGAUAUAUCAUAAAAUUUCACGUAAAACACAUCAGCAUAUGACAUAAGCUAUUUUUGAUAUAUAUCUGUUAAAUAGAUUCCCUGUAGGUAUCUUUUUAUAUCUUCUCUGUAGAUGAUAAAAGUGAUGCAAUGUUUUUUUUAUCAUCACUGAGGAGGUGGUGAUUUUGUUAAUAUUCAAAGAAACAAUAAAUAAAAGUUCAAAAUUUAUAUUGAAAUAUAUAUAAACUUUAGAGGUAUCUUUUUUAAAAUUAAAAUUGAACGAACAAGAUGAAAAAAGUUGAUAAAAACGACACGAUGCUAUUUUCUAAAAUCUGAUAAGAACAAUUUAUUGGUUUACUAUGUAAACAGUAACUAUGGUAACCAUUAGCAACAUUCUCAUAUCAUCUAUGUAUGAUGUAUCACAUUAGAGAUCUUUUAUAUUUGUAUGGUGUAGAAAUUAUUUUCUUAAGACAAUAAUGAAUGAAAUGGAAAACCUUUGAUGUAGGUCAAAAAUAAUAAAUUUAGUUUAUUUUGUA